AUGAGACCGAUCCUCCGCUACUUUCUCCAAUCAGCCAAGAUAGCCACUGCCGGAGGCGCAAUCAGCCUCGGCUCAUUUUUUAUUUACACCCAGAAUGCGGAAUUCACCUCUAUCGCCGAAUCAGAUCCAAUCUUCAAGCUUGCGGAAGGAAAGGGUUGGAAUCCGCAUCGUAACCCGACGACUCAUGAUUUUUACGUGCGACGUGUCGCGCUGAGUGAUAUCCGUCCUGGGCUUCGGGAUUCACCUGCUGAGUUGGCAAGAGCCUUUUGUGCUGGCGUUUGGAGUGAAUGGGGUAUUCUUUCCCAGUAUUUCAGCUUGGUGGUGGUGGGCCGGAAUGACUCGAAUCGAAACCAGCUUUGGACUAUUGAGGACAUGCUAUCUUCCGAAUACAGUGAGGGUACAAUGAUAGCUGACUCUUUCGAGGUGUUGGAAAAGAAAGAUGGCCGGAUAGUGCUUCGCGGUGGGGAUUCUCCGUCAAACAAAGCGCUUCGGCCGUUCGACGUUGUUUUUGAAUUGUCGGCAGUUAUUCAGAAGCAUGAGAAGGCGGUUGAUUUUGGAUUCAAGUCUGUUUUUUUCACAGGGGAUAAGCUUACUGGGCAACCUCCAAUGCCGGGAUUUGCGGUUUGGUUGCACUUACAGUAUGCCAAGUUGCUGCUUGAGACUGGCAUCUUGAAUACAAUGGUGCGGCGAGAGUAG